AAGGUCAUUUCACUCGAGUUUCAUCAUGAAGGCGACAUUAGUUAAAUUGCUGUUUAAUAUCUUGGUCCUUCCUCUCUCCGUGCACACCUACGAGUACUGUGUUAUUGGGGCUGGACCAGCAGGUCUUCAGAUGGGUUACUUUUUUGAACGCGCUGGACGAGAUUAUAUGAUCUUUGAAAGAAACGAUGUUGCAGGGUCAUUCUUUACCAAAUAUCCCCGCCAUGGAAAAGUUAUUUCAAUCAAUAAACGAUUCACAGGGAGACUUAACAAGGAGUUUAAUCUUCGCCAUGACUGGAAUUCGUUAAUAAGCGACGAUGAAUCACUUCUCUUACGUCACUACUCAGAGGAAUUCUUCCCCGAUGCCAAAGCAUUGGUAAAAUAUUUAAACGACUUCGCCACAAAACUGAAGCUGAAAGUUCAGUACAAUACGAACGUGAAAGUUAAAAAAACUGGUGAUCAGUUUCGAAUGAAGGAUCAGAAUGGCAAGCAGUACUCCUGUACCAAUGUUAUCAUGAGCACUGGUCUAGGUGCAGAGAACGUUCCUUCMGACUUAAAAGGAAUCGAGUAUACUGAGAGUUACUCGGAUAUUUCUACCAAUCCAAAGGACUACGARGGGCAAUCAGUACUCAUCAUUGGCAGAGGAAACUCUGGAUUUGAGACCGCUGCGAGUAUCGUUGGAUCUGCCAACUUYAUCCAUAUGUUUGCAAGAAGUAGAGUACGACUAUCAUGGGCUACACACUAUGUUGGUGAUCUAAGAGCUAUUAACAAUGACAUACUGGACACYUACCAGUUAAAAUCACUCGACGGCUUACUUGAUUUACCAAUUGAAAUCAUCUCAAUUGUGAAGAAAAACAACAAGCUGUWYGUGGACACUACCAUCGGCAAAGGAGCUGAUAAUUUUGCUAUACGGGAACCGUAYGACCGUGUUAUAAGAUGCAUGGGAUUUAAGUUUGAUUAUUCAGUUUUUGAGAACGGGUCAGAGCCACUACCCUCUAGAGGACGUUACCUGCGCAAAUUUCCCGAGAUGACCGCAAGCUACGAGUCGACAAGUGUACCACGCCUGUUUUACGCUGGCGUAAACUCGCACUACGUGGAUUUCCGUAAGUCCGCCGGAGGCUUCAUUCACGGAUUCCGUUACACAGCUCGCACACUUCACCGUCUUUUGGAGUGGAAGAACCAUGGUGUGCCAUGGCCUCACAUCAAUGUACCAAUCAGCGAUAUCAUUGGCGUCAUACUGAAGAGAAUCAAUGAAGCCUCGGGAAUCUAUCAGAUGUUUGGUGUUCUAGGCGAGAUUYUCAUCUUUCGAUCUGAUAACACUGUGGAYUAUUAUGAAGAAUUCCCUGUGAAACUUUUACCCAAAUUUGAAGAACACACUGGUCAUGCUGUUGGUCCAAUGGUAGUGAUUAACAUGGAGUACGGCCGAGAUUACUCUGGACCAAACAAGGACGUCUUUCGGUCCAACCGGGCCGCGGCGGCAGGAGUACCGUCUGUCGCACACCUGUCGAACUUCUUGCAUCCUGUACUGUACUUCUACAAACAACCCCCUGAAAAAAUGACUGUUUCAAAAGACAGCAUUACACAGUUACCUCGACCGGAACGCCUACAUGUGAUGGUUGAAGACUUCUUAACUCUCUGGGACGCCCCUGUGUCACAUGUUUUGCUUUUACGUCGAUUUCUUGAGGACAUUACCCAGAAGGACUUGCGAUACUACUUUGCGCAGUCAUGCUUUGAGAUGGUUAUGAUGUACAAGAAUAUUCCAGAUGAAUGCUUGUAUCACUAUUUUCAAGGACAAAUGAUUCCUGGUUCAAAGGAAAUUUUGAGCAACGCCCAGUCUCUUGGACUUAUGAUGUGAACGCUCUCUACUCAWAUUUUUUUUCGUUAAUAUUUGACAGAUUUUACGCACCUCAUUUCUAAAAGUGUAGUCGCUAAUUAGUAAAAGAAAAAAAAUACUUUACAAACAGGAAAAAAAUACCAAAGAAGAUAAUUAAUACCAGCCGAACUCAYGUAAUAUUCUUYKUAUUUAAUGAAUUCCUGGUUGUACUGUUGCAUUUUGAUGUUUCCUUAUAACAUUUUCACGAUUUACAAUGUAUACACUAUAUAAAUUCAGGCAUUUAAAAUUAAUAGUAAUGGGCAAGAACUGCCGAUAUUUAACCGUAAUCUGUAUUUUUCAGUUAUGAAGCUGUCUGUCUUAUAACUAAUGGACAAGAACUGCCGAUAUUUAAACCGUAAUCUGUAUUUCUCAGUUAUGAAAUGCUGUCUGUUAUAUUUAAAUUCUGUUGAAAGCAUACGUAAAUAAAAGCUAUCAAUGUUUUGAAAAACCACCACCUAACCACCUGUACAACCACAGGUAGCCAGAAGAACACACUCUGCACUAACAAACAUCAAAACAGCACAUAAAACCGACAAUAAAAAAAGAAAACAUAAUAUCUCGAUAUGUAAUAUCUCAUGUUAACGAGCCGACUAUUUGUGCAAAUACUUGCCGUAAAAUACGUAGUUUAAUUCCUCUAAGUCAUAGCAUCAUAUUCAUGAAUGAUGUCACAAAUAAAAUUAUCAUUUGGUAACGUWGAUAACAAUUUUAAAACGUCUGACAUGUAUAUUCUUUGGAGAAGCCUCGUGGAGUGAAUUACACUUUAAAUACAUAAGUCUAGAAGAGAAAGUUUUCAGUAAAUAUUUUUAAAGCUCUAUGAUCAGUUUUCAAGAAAGCAAAAAUGGAUGCGGAACAGUUUAGYUUYAUCGAGGCUGCUUAUCGGAGUGAAUUUCCACUUCAACACUAUGGAUUUGUCCUGGCUCGAACAUUUGGGACUGCUUUAGCAGCUAUUAUUACAAACAUUCUUUUAUACUAUCUGCUUGCACUUAURCGGAGACUGCUCAAGAAAUACUUGGUAAUGGAGGAUAUGAUUUUCUGGGUAGAUUGGACGAUCUUCAUCGUKAAUGUCUCAGUCACGGCUKCGGUUGCUCUURCGUUGGAAAACAGAAUGAGAAGAUAYUGGUCAAGAGAGGUUUUGAUGAAAUUUGCUGCAGAACGAGAUAGUUUAUUUCAUAAGCAAGAACUAUGAUGCAUAAGUUUUUAGUUUUUUUACUUCCUGGUAACAAUCAUAGCCGCUUCAUAGCACAGUGUACACAUCUUUAGGAUCACAAUACUUUAUUAAUUAUUUGAAGUGAUUUUCCAACAAACGUCUUACAUGCUUAAAAAAAUUAAAAGGUCGACACUAGGGCUAUCUUCCCUGAUACAUAGUAUCUCGGAGGUUUUACACCAAAAAUACAAUUGAUAGUUCAUGAUCCAGAUUUUCUAAAGCCAAUAUUCACUUCAAUAGAGAAUUUGCCUAAUUCGAUCAGUUGACAUUUUAACAGAUUCCCCUUCUAAUGAUAUCCUCAAUAGUGCYUUUCAAAAGAUAAUAUCUUUCCCGCUUACAAUUACCAGAAGAAGGCUCGCCAAGACUGUACACCGUCCAUUUGCCAUCAGAUCCACGACAAACACUACACAUUAUCACUGCCUCAUGGUGAAUUGCGCGCCCAAACUCCUCACUACARAGCUGCUUGUCUGGAUAACRUGUAUCGUAAAAUUGYAAUCUUGGGCUUCGGUAAUUUGCAAUGCUUGGAGAAUUCCAGCUACUGAGAGUGAAGAAAACUUUGUUGAUAUGGAAGGGGAGACUGGUUAGUUGAACGUUCAUGCGAUGUCGACCACGGUCGCCUUCUCUCUGUGCAUGCCCAGAAUGUCUUACAGCUCCGAGCGCCUGCCAGGACGUAGGAUUUCUGAAAUCCACAUACUCGAUGAAAUUACCUCCAGAGUACAGCAAGGCKGAAGCGUCGAGGAAGUCUGGGCAAAAAGAAUUAGGAAAUCCCCAAGAAAAAUCAAAGAUCACKUGUUCAACCGAUGAUGAAAGUGUCUUUAAGAUUUUGACCAAUUGGAUYGUCCCUUCUGCUUGCACCUUGUAAUCACUCAUUUUCUUGGCAUUGAAUGACUGGUAGCUCUGACAUAAAGACCAAGAAAUUGUUAGACUUAUUAUUAAUCUUCAUUUUUUGAUUGUUUUAUGUAGUUUCACAUGUAAUGGAAUGACAUAAGGAAUCUAGUUAAAAUAAAUCAAAUUGAAAUCA